GACACUACAAUGGUGAAACAUGGGACAACCUACGGACAGAUCAAUGGAACAUAAUGAAACGGAUGGAGCUGGGUCCGUCAAGGACAGCCUAACGGGCCGUUCGAAAUUGAUAUAAAAGAUCGACUUGCGGUCGCCGAGUCGAUAGUCUUCUCGAAAACCAACGUCCUUCUUUCUAUCUCCCAUACGCUCGCUAUAAGCCCUGGCGGCUGUGAAUCAUUAUUUCUUGGUCACUCUUUAGCAUCUACUUCUGUGUUUAGCAGCUUUAUCAAUUGGUUUUUGCAUCCCAGCGAUCAACAUGCGUUUCUUCCAGACCCUCGUUGCUCUCCCCCUUAUUGCAGGCGCCGUCGCCAGCCCUCUCGACGCACGCGCUACCCUCGAAAACUGCACCCCUGAGAGAAAGCAAAUGAUCGACAACGCACUGUCCCAGGCGGCAAAGAUGGCCCAAGCCGGAGCGAACCUCAUACGCACCAAUUCCGACUACUCGUCCAACCUAUUCCAGAGCUUCUUCAAGACCAACGAUGCCCAGUCACGCAACCGCGUCGCGAGAGUCUUGGAGACGAUCGCCGCGGAGGCCACGAAUGGAAACCAGGGCGUCGUGACCUACUACUGCACUCCGGAGGGCAUCAACUGCGUUGACACCCACGCUUUCACCAUGACUGCCUACGGCGAGACGGACGGAACCUACGGACGUAUCCGGACCUGCCCUGCAUACUUCACCAAGUUCCCCACCUGGUCGAACACCUGCAAUGUUCUGGAUCAGGCUACCUCGAGCUUGCACGAGAUGGCCCAUACCAAGGGCAUCUUUGGUCCUGAAACAUAUGGCUAUGAUGCUGUGCAUAGUUUAAACUCCGCUGCUGCUCUUGAGAAUGCGGAGAGCUAUGCUUUCUUCUCCAAAUCUGCUUUCCUCAACUGCGAUGUUACCAACUAAGCAGUUUCCGUUGAAAACAAAACGUGCAUCGUGGAGCCAUUAUUAUCGGGGUUAAGGUGGUGUCAAGAGUGGAGUCGGG